AGUCUAGAACAUCUUCCGACCGUUGGCUGCUUGCUCUCUGGACUCCUGGAGCUACUUCCUUUGAGUUGCAUCGAAGAGAGUCUCUUAUAAGCAAGUUCCUGUCAAAGGGAAUCAUUAUUCGUAAGUUCCCGUGUGUAAAAGUUGCCUAUUCAAAUAAAAAGGGCGAAAACAAACCUCUUGCUCUAUCUUGCGUCCCUCCAUCCCAGAUCUCUAGGAACAGGGCUGACAGCAACACCAUUAAUCGAACGAGUCGGAGAAUCUCACAUGGUGCCGUUCUAACUCGUUACGCACGCAAUUGACGUAGCAGACCUCUUGCAUGAUUGUUUCAAUCAAUGAUGUAUUCAAUCAAGACAAGAAAGAUACGUCGUAAUAAGAUCAGGUUACAUAAAGGGUCUGUGAGGGAACAUCAAGAAAGAGGAUCAGACCAAGUGCGAGAUUGGAUCAAAAAUAGCGUAUGAAAGGAUUAUGGUCUUUCUAGUACAGUACGAUCGAUCAAGUCAUUCAGUAAAGUCUCUUCGCGUUGUGUUUAUGGAAUUCUAUUAGAGCGGGUAGUUGAUAUUGCUCCCGAUAAAUUCUUUCCUUUUUCGUUUGUGCAUCUUUCUCCCUUGCAUUUCUGGAUCAACCAACCGGCUAUUUCCUUUUCGACAAGUCUUUUCUCAUUGCUUAAAGUAAAGCAGAAUUUUAACUUAACUCGCCAUGAACUUGUACUUCCAGUUAGACUUAUACUUAUACAACGACAACUUAUACUUAUACUUAGAGUCGGGGGUGGUUCCCAGCCCUCUUGAACAAUUUGAGAUAAUCCCUUUUCUUCCUAUGAAGAUAGGUGACUUGUAUUUCUCAUUCACAAAUCCCUCUUUGUUUAUGCUGCUCACUCUCAGUUUGGUCUUACUGCUGGUUCAUUUUGUUACUAAAAAGGGAGGAGGAAAGUCAGUACCCAAUGCUUGGCAAUCCUUGGUAGAGCUUAUUUAUGAUUUCGUGCCGAACCUGGUAAACGAACAAAUAGGUGGUCUUUCCGGAAAUGUGAAACAACAGUUUUUCCCUUGCAUCUUUGUCACUUUUACUUUUUUGUUAUUUUGUAAUCUUCAGGGUAUGAUACCUUAUAGCUUCACAGUUACAAGUCAUUUUCUCAUUACUUUGGGUCUCUCAUUUUCUAUUUUUAUUGGCAUUACUAUAGUGGGAUUUCAAAGAAAUGGGCUUCAUUUUUUAAGCUUCUUAUUACCCGCAGGAGUCCCACUGCCGUUAGCGCCUUUUUUAGUACUCCUUGAGCUAAUCUCUUAUUGUUUUCGCGCAUUAAGCUUAGGAAUACGUUUAUUUGCUAAUAUGAUGGCCGGUCAUAGUUUAGUAAAGAUUUUAAGUGGGUUCGCUUGGACUAUGCUAUGUAUGAAUGAUCUUUUAUAUUUCAUAGGAGAUCUUGGUCCUUUAUUUAUAGUUCUUGCAUUAACCGGUCCGGAAUUAGGUGUAGCUAUAUCACAAGCUCAUGUUUCUACGAUCUCAAUCUGUAUUUACUUGAAUGAUGCUACAAAUCUCCAUCAAACUUGCUUGUUAUUUAUUUAUAAUUGAACAAAAGCGGGGAUAGAAGUUUCUCGAGCUAGGGUAAGUUCAGCCAAUCGCUCCGGGUUCUUUCACUCACAGAAGACCAAGCCUUGCUACUUGAAUAACAGGUAAUCAGACUUUAGCCUUUCCGUAGUCCCAUAAUUUUAAUUCAGGGGAUGACCCUGAGGAAGAAGCCGAAGGCAUACCCAGAGAAAGGAAGCAUGCUAUAAUUAGGGUAUCACCUAUCGAUGGGAAGCCAGCCAACCCCUCUCCUUUUAUAAUGUCGAGCUACUUCAUACCUUGUUCUAUCAACAACACGCUACUUCGUUCCUCUCCUUAUCAGUCGAGUAUCUCCGCUCCUGACUCUAACAAGUAUGCUUCUAAACUCCAAGCUCUAAAGAACCUGCAAUUAAACAUACCUGUCCCUUAUUCUAUCAAACAAGCUUAAAUCCCUCUCCUUAUAGAAAUGCAACUACGUUCCUUUAGCGGUUAAGUAGGAUUUAUUCAUAAUAGAAGGGAUAGGUUUUAGUCCUGGUUCAAGGUGUGAAGAGAGAGGCUGUCCCAAAAGGACAGGUACAAGACGAAGUGGCAGAAAGAUAGAAGUAUUGCACCCUUCAAUGCCUUUU